UUCUCAUUUCUCUCUCCUCCUCCCCUUCUCUCUCCUAUUCUCUCUCUGCAGUUUUCUCUGAACAACUAUGGUGCGAAGGAAAGCAAUUCCAGUGCGAAGGGAAGCAAUUCCGGUGGGAAGCUCAACGGGAGGAGCGACUGAUUUCUCUGUGUCAUUCACCGAAGAAAGAGCUAGAAGGCAAAGAAAUGCACGCACUUCUGAUUCAGAAGAAUCUUGGUCAUCUGAUUCGAGUGAAUCGGAUGAGUCCUUGGAGCCAAAGGUUCAAUCUCAGAGACAAACCAGGCCCCAGGUGAAUGCCGCAGUCAAAGAAGAAGCUGGUGAUGCACCUGAAGUGAAUGAUGUGAUUGAUUCUUUGAGAGUACCAAAACCUAGUGAGACUGAGGAAGAUUUGAACAUGAAUAGAAGCCCAAUUCGUGAUGUCGUUGAUGCAGAUAUGAUACAGAAAAACCCUGGUGUCGCAGCCCUAAGGAAUAUGAGGAAGAUAUACAGGCCAACAUGGAACUUCCCACAUAAAUACCAUUUCCCGCGAUUGCCAUGGGAAAAAUGGGAGGAAGAGAACAUUGACUGGUUAAAUGAUUCUGGAAAAAAAGAUAUUGAAUUGGAUCCUUUGGCCCCCUCUAAUGGUGGAACCCCUGAUUCAAUUGACCCAUCUCCUGAGAUAUUGGUUCCUCUAUUUCAGUUUCAGAGAGAAUGGUUAUCUUGGAGCAUGAAGCAAGAGGAGUCGGAGAUGAGGGGUGGUAUUCUUGCCGAUGAAAUGGGAAUGGGAAAGACCCUUCAAGCCAUAUCCCUUGUUCUUAAAGCCCGAAAACUUCCAAACCCUUUCGUUAAACCCAAAAUGCCCAUUGAUGGUGGUUUGCCUAGAGUGAAAGGAACCCUUGUGGUUUGCCCUCUUGUUGCUAUCAAUCAAUGGAAAUAUGAGAUCUAUAGGUUUACAGCUCAAGGAAGCAACACAGUUCUUAUAUAUCACGGCACCAAACGAUUUAAGGAUGCUUUGCAGUUCUCAGAGUAUGAUUUCAUUCUAACCACCUACUCCAUGGUUGUGGCAGACUACAGGAAGAAUGUUAUUAGUCCAAAGCCAAAGAAGCAAACCAAAAAGCUGUUUCCAGCCUCGGGGCCAUUUCAUUUGCAUUCGGUAAAAUGGGAGCGCAUCAUCUUGGAUGAGGCACACUGUAUAAAAGACAGCCGAAGGAACACUGCGAAGGCUGUUUUUGCUUUGGAAUCUUCUUAUAAAUGGGCUCUAAGUGGCACCCCUUUUCAGAAAAGUGUUGAAGAGUUGUAUUCAUUGAUACGCUUUCUGCAGAUAGAACCUUAUGCAUAUCACUAUUGCAAGUAUUGUUCCUGCAAAUUACUCGAUCAUAGAUGCCAUGAAAGUGGAUUUCAUUGUGAGAACGAGAACUGUGGCCAUUCAACUUCAAAGCAUUUCCGUUGGUGGAAUAAGUAUGUGGCAAAACCGGCAUCCUUUCCUACUAGUGACGGCAGACAAGCCAUGUUUCUUCUUAAAUACAAAAUUUUGAAAAGCACCUUUCUUCGUCGUACCAAGAAAGAGAGAGCUGCAGAUCUUGCACUUCCUCCAAAGAAUACUAUUUUGAAGGAGUAUAAUUUGGAUAACAGAGAGGAGGAAUUCUAUCAACCACUGUAUUCUCAAAUCCACUCUCAAUUUAACACUUACAUCACUGAAGGAACUUUAAUGAACAACUAUGCCCACAUUUUUUAUCUCCUCACACGGUUACGGCAGGCAAUUGAUCAUCAAUAUUUAGUGGUAUUCUUUGAUUCAUCACAAUCAAAUCAGAUUGGCCCUGCUGAUGCAGAUCAGUUAUGUGGAAUCUGUCAUGAUCCAGUGGAGGAUUCCGUGGUCACUUCUGGUGGGCAUACCUUUUGCCAGGCAUGUUUCCUUGAUUUUACUAAAACUCCAGGGCAAGUCAAGUGGCCUUCUUGCUCAGAGUCCCUCACUAUCGACUUAACUACAAAAGGGAACUCAAAAUAUGGGAGUAGCAAAAUGGCUGUCAGAGGAUUUAAACGUUCGGGAGUUAUUGAUCAGAUUAAGAAUCUUGACAAUUUUCAAACGAGUACAAAAAUAGAAGCUUUGAAAGAAGAGAUUUUCCUUAUGUAUGAAAGGGAUGCAGCUGCAAAGGCAAUAGUGUUCAGUCAGUUCAGUUCAUUUUUGGAUCUGAUAAGCUUCGCUCUUGAUAAGGAAGGUGUAAGAUGCAUUCAGUUGGUGGGGAGCAUGAGUUUGGCAGCUAGGGAUGAGGCAAUAAAGACUUUCACUGAUGACCCAGACUGCAGGGUCUUCCUUAUGAGCUUAAAAGCAGGAGGCAUGGCUCUCAAUCUCACUGUCGCUUCCCAUGUUUUCUUGAUGGAUCCAUGGUGGAAUCCAGCUGUGGAGCAACAGGCCCAAGAUUGAAUUCACCGAAUUGGACAAUAUAAACCAGUUUGGAUCGUCAGAUUUGUAAUUGCAAACACAAUCGAGGAGAGGAUUUUGCAGCUGCAGGAGAAAAAGAAAUCAGUAUCUGCAGGGAUUGUGGGUGGAUCUUCAGAGGCACUGGGAAGAUUAACCCAAGAAGAUAUACGAUUCUUGUUCCAAAUUUAGUUUUAUCAGAGGAAGUUGUGCUCUUUCAGCUCUCCCAGACACAAGAAACUCAACAAUUUUGGGUGAUGUCUUGGAUUUUGGUGUACAUAUGGGAUCAUUGGGUUUUGGUGCAUUUCCCAGUAUAGAAGAAACGAAUUUUGUACACAUGUAGUUUCAAUCAUUCAAUGUUUGCUCAAAAAUAAUCUGCUCAGCUCUGUGACCAACUUUUGGCCAAAAAUUGAGUCAUGGGGAGAAACAAAGGGAAAAGAAGAAGAGAUAGGAAGGAGUUGCUGAACUCAAUUCUUGUUGUUGGUUUGAUUCAAGGACCCUUCCCAUACAAAAUGAAUCAAUUCAUAUGGAAAGCCUGUGGAACCCCUCCCAUUCUUGUUCAUGGGACAUGAAUUCCCUACUUGUACAAUUUACUGUAGUGCCCCUUAUCUUAUAUUCAAUUCCAAGUUCUUUUA